AUGCGGUGUCUACUAGAGCAUGAAUUGGUUGAUUGUUUAGUGACGAGUGCGGGUGGUGUAGAAGAAGACUUGAUCAAGUGUCUUACACCUUCCUAUAUUGGUGCGUUUGAACUGGACGUGGAAUGGACAGCGUCUAAGUUAAGCGCUGGAUUAGCUGCACAAAUCAACGAUGCAUCGCCGAUCUGCUAUUGGGCGAGUCAUAAUAAUAUUCCGACAUUUUGUCCGUCACUGACAGAUGGCUCUCUGGGUGAUAUGUUAUAUUUUGAUUCGGUACGAAAAGAUGGACUCAAUGUGGAUUAUUGA